AUGGACGGUAGCCGUAUGUUGGAAUAUGACCAAGGCCGUCCUGCCAGUCACGGCGAUCCAGCGGCUGUGACCACUCGGGUCAAUGGGGAUACAAGUGUGCCGCAUGAUUAUCAUGAUGGUAUCCCGUUCGAACCCAGUCGCAAACUCGUGUCUGAAUUUUCUACGACGUCCGUAGUAUUUGGUCCUACUAGUGGUACUUGUUCUGGCACUAACUCGAACGGGCCGGGGUAUUGCUCGGAAUCUGGAGGUGGUGCGACGCUCAACCCUACACGGGAACCUCUGAAGCCUGCCAGGUAUCAAGAAGUAGUAGAGAUUGUUAUUGCUGCCUCUCCGAGUCAUUCAAGUUUGAGAGAGAAGGAAAAUCAGAGACUAUCUGCUGCCAUCACGACUGCGCCGAGUCCGGCUCGGAAGACGGUAGAAGCUGGCUCAGCAAAAAGUUGUGAAGUCAUACUACGAGCUCAACUUGAAGUUUCUUGCGCCAAGGUAGCCUGUAGCACUCAUCCCAAGAGGAAGAUCGACAACAUCGACCCAAAUCAUUGCACUGACAAGGAGAAAGUGCGGCUAUCAUCUCCGAGUCCGGAUUGUACUGCUCCAGCUACCAAACGCAUCUGUCGGGAGAAAACAGGCACUGACUGGCAGACAGUUCUUGACAUAAUCAAGCAUGGCGAGGAGCAACAAAAGAAAAUACUUACAGUAACUGAAAACGAGUAG